CAGCCUUGAUUCACGCUAGUCGGCGUAUUGCUUUAUCAACUGUACUGCGCGAGUUUAAAAAGUGUGUGCAUGUGAUAAGUUCGAUAUACGAAUUUGGAAUUUAUAGUUUGCUAAAGAGGCCACACUCCUUCCUGGACACAAGCUGCAACGGAGAUAAGAAGGAAGGAGACGAUGAAGUGAAAACAGAACAACAAUGGAGGCUCCAUCUCAACCUAAGGCACCCCCGGCCUUAGGGCAGGCUCAUCUAUCCCACUUGCCCCAACGCCCGCCGAUCAACCUUGGAUUUCAAGACCUGUCCUACACCGUCUCUAACGGCAAAAUAUCAAAGCUAAUCCUUCGGGGAAUCAAUGGUGAAUUUCGAUCUGGUCAGCUGACGGCGAUACUUGGCCCGUCGGGAGCCGGCAAAAGUACUCUGCUGAACAUACUCGCAGGUUACAGGGUUAAUGGUGCAACCGGUCUUAUAACUACAAAUGGACAACCGAGAGACCUGAAAAUGUUCAGAAAGCUGUCACGCUACAUCAUGCAGGACGAUCUUCUCCAACCUCUCAUCACGGUGCAGGAGGCGAUGAAUAUGGCGGCGGAUCUGAAACUGGGCAGUGAUAUUGACAUACGGAGGAAGACUGUUAUUGUAGAGGAAAUAAUAGAACUUCUUCGAUUGGGCAAGGCUAGGAACACAACGAGUGAGCGCCUGUCAGGGGGAGAGAGAAAACGACUGUCGAUUGCUCUGGAGCUUCUGAACAACCCACCGGUGAUCUUUCUCGAUGAACCUACUACUGGCCUGGACGACGUAGCAUCAUCAACAUGCGUAUCACUACUCAAACGCGUAGCCCGAGGGGGUCGUACCGUGGUUUGCUCCUUGCACACUCCGUCUGCGCGUCUUUUCGCAGUUUUCGACCACGUUUAUGUUGUUGCUGAGGGGAAAUGUGGAUACCAGGGUACGGCGGCUGGAGUUAUACCCUUCCUCAAGGAACUGCAAUUGCCUUGCCCGAAAACUUAUAAUCCUGCUGACUUUGUAAUUGAAGUAUCAAGUGGUGAAUACGGUUCGCACACAGACUGCAUGGUAGCCGCUGUGGACAAUGGAAGGAGUCAAAAAUGGAGGCAAUAUGCUGUCCAUGACGUUUAUGAGGAAAUGGAGAUAGAGCAACUAAACACGGGAGUUUUGGACAAACAUCAUUAUAAGUACGAGAGCACGCCGUGCCAGCAGUUUCAUGUGUUGUUGAAGAGGAUGUUAUUGCAGACAGUAAGAAAUAGGGGAUACCUCUGGUUGCGGGUUUGCCUUCAUUUGUUUUUAGGUGCAAUAGUAGGUGCCCUGUUCAGUAGCAUGGGUUAUGACGCUUCCAAGACUUUAUUCAACUUCGGUUUCUGUUAUGCCUGCAUCAUUGUUAUGCUAUACACCACUAUGAUGCCUAUAUUAUUAGCAUAUCCAUCCGAAGUUCUACUAGUCAAGCGAGAAUACUUUAAUCGAUGGUAUGGUUUAAAGCCCUACUACGCAGCUCUGGUUAUCUCUCGUACUCCAGCCACCAUCUUUUUCUGUCUCCUGUACGUGGUGAUAGUGUACCCUCUAACCGCACAACCUAUGGAGUUGCCAAGGAUAAUGAUGUUCAUAACUAUAUGCAUUUUGACUGCACUGAUAUCUGAGUCUUUGGGAACGCUGAUCUCUUCUACGUUGAGUGUUGUGAACUCGAUGUUCGUUGGCCCGGUGGUAUCGGUCCCACUUAUGUUAUUAGCAGUAUACGGCAUUGGCAGUGGUGACGAAGCUCCCCCUAUUAUCUGGAGACUAGCAAGAGCUUGUUCCUUCAUGAGAUAUGCCCUAGAGGGACUCGUGGUGGCUGUAUACGGCCCUCCAAGGGAUGACCUUAUAUGCCCAAGUGAAGUUGUUUAUUGCGAAUAUAAGAAUCCUGGGUACUUCAUCAAAACCAUGGGUAUGUCAGGAGUGUCUUUCUGGGUGGACCUAGGAGUGUUGAUCGCCAUUCUGUUCGCAAUGAACCUUGGUGCCUACUACCUUAUACGACAAAGGCUAUCACCCAACUACGCUUUCCGUGCGAUUAAAUAUAUUGGUAGCUUUAUUAAGACUAAAAUGAGUCUUACCAUGUAGGGAAGAGUGUACUCAAGCUGUGGUUGCGCUCGACCGUAGGAAUAUUCCUCCGAGCUGGUGUUGUGCUCGGGGAUCGAUAUUCGAUCAUAAAUUUUUUCAUUUUUCGAUAUGACAGUAGCUGAUAACCACAUUAAGAGUUGUAAAAGCGUCACCGGGAGAUAGGGCGAGCGCGAAAAUUCGCCAUGAGAAGAGACGGCCCUGCUUUCGAAGUUUCGAUUCCACAACUUGGAGCUGUUUGUGGUAUGAACAUGAUUGUUUUUCAGUGUCUGUGUGUUUAUUUGUAUAAUAUAAGUAUUUAUGUUCAAAAAAUAUUCAUUUUUAUAUUUGUUAUCUUAGCUUACGCUUACUUUGGGACUAGACGGCAAUUUGUGUAUUGUGGUAGUAAACAAAAGGUAAAACCUGUAUAUGGCCCUCAUUUAUGUAAAAUUUGAUAGCGCAAUGUAGGAUCUUGUGGCGCCAUCUAGUUUUGAUAACGAGGAGCCGCAACAAGAUAAAUAUUGUAAAGUGGAUGUUUUGGAGAUAAUAAAACCGUCAUCAUUGUCAGCCUAAAGUGAGCUAACAUCAAUAAGAAAACAACAGUAAAUUACAAUACAGAUGAAUAUUUAUAGUACGAAAAUAUUAGCAGGCCGCAGUGCGAAAACAUUUUGAAUGACAUUAUUGUGCUACUAUUUAACGUAGAAAGACUGUAAAUUCCUUGCUUUAUGCUUAUUUUAAACGUGAAUAAAUUGAAAUACUUGCCAAAUUGCACUAACGCACAAUAAAAGAAAUAUAAAGCGGUAACCUAAGGACUGCAUCGCACGGAAAGGAUUCUUUUUUACCAUUUUAUAACGGAAUCCUAGAAAUAACUAUAUUAAUGCGAAUAACUAGUAGUAAAUGGCGUAAUGUUGGAUUAUUUAUGCAGCUUUUCCUUACACUUCAACUGCUUUGAAAAUGUAGAACGUGAAAAACUCUUCAUACAUAAUCCGACGUUAUGUCAUGUUUAUUAUUAAGUUUUGUGUUUUUUUUAUCGAAACUGUGGAUAUUCAGAAAUCGGACUUGAUAUUAUUUAUAUUAGACUAUUCAUAGAACACUAGUGACGUAAUUUUUUUAAUUAACUUUUGUGAGACUAAUGUACAAAAGAAAGCUCCGUUUGAAGUGAGCACCAGUGAUAAUUUAAAUCCUACAAGUAGUAUUUGGUGCUAAUUUCGUUGAACAUACAUCUCUUAACUAAAGUGACAAGUCUAAAAUUACUGGUGUCCAUCUUGGGAUAGGGAUAUUAAGGUUACUACUUUCUUUUUCGUAACUGUCAUUUUAGUAUACUUUAGAGUAAGGGUUGGUUAGAAACACCAGGGAGCCAUAGAAAGUGCAGAGGUGCACCACGAGGCGCUCCUACGGAAUAAUCAAGAAAAAUAUUUUUUAUAGUCUUUGUGCAGCGGUGUCACCACUUGUCCCACACCUUGAAAGUUAUCUGUGGAUCACCAAGCUCAGCCAUCCCAUUAUUCGAGUUGUUUUAUUCUUGUUAAUUCUUUUUUUUAAAUUACGACUUAGGCUGCGUGGACUUCAGAGUUGGGUCUUAUUUUAAAUACAGGUGCCAUGUAUGGGUACCAUUACCAAAUUUCAAAGCUGUCUGCUCGCGGCUUAGCUCGUACAUAAUUUUCAAUUUUCCUUCGGGAACUUCUUAAGGAAACGGGAUAAAAUGUAGCCUUUGUUCUUUUCAAUGUCAAGGUUUAUAUGCAUACUAAAUUUCAUCUAAAUCCGUUCAGCCGUUUUUGCGUGAUUGAGUAACAAACAUCCACACUUUCACGUUUAGAAUAUUAGUAGGGGAAUGGCGUUAUUAGUUUUAUUUUUACGCUUAUCUGUCUAACUAACUAGGGCCUAAUAUAACUAGCUAGGUUAGGGAGCGGGCGCCGUGACAAAUUCCUUAACUUGUAAGUGCGCCACUGGCCUAACAAGGUUGGGAACCCCUGCUUUAGAGAUUUAGAGUUUUACAAAACUAAGAGUACGAGAGGCAAUCCUUUUUCAAAAAGUACCUUUGGAAAUGGAAAGCGGCACUUUUAUAGUUGUUAAAUUAGUUUAGAUGUGUAGAUACUACCGAAUUAGCACUAUUAUAAUUUAUCGAAUUAUUCUUUUAUUAAUUAGAUUUUGUGUGCCUAUUUUUAAUAAAUUCAUUUAAAUUUUCUAAGUUAGGUCAAUAAGUAAUAAGUAAAUAUCCUAAAUGGUGUUAAGACUGGUAUGUUUUAUAAGUGGUAUAAAAUAAAUAUUUUUGAAUCUUUAA